ACUAAAUUUGUUCUCUUAGAGCAGACACAAACAAGUAUGGAUUUCAUGGAAUUGUUCUUCAUUGCUCUUGGUGCUGCCGUUAUUGUCUGCUAUGGAGUGAAACUGCUGCUUUUUAGUAGGAUGCUUUUCCCCAAAAUGUGGUUUCCCCUCUCGAAGUCUUUUUUCACCUCUCUGGGAGAGUGGGCAGUGGUAACUGGUGCUUCGGAGGGAAUAGGAAGAGCAUAUGCACUUGCACUGGCUGAGAAAGGAAUGAACGUGGUAAUCAUGAGUAGAACCAAAGUAACACUCGACCAGGUGGCCAAGGAAAUAGGUGAUACCACAGGGCAGAGGGUGAAAGUGAUAGUAACUGACUUCAUGAAGGACAAUGUCUUCAGUGAACUUGAGGAUCAGCUUAGGAACCUCAACAUUGGGGUUUUAGUCAAUAAUGUUGGCAUGCUGCCCAGCUUCAUCCCCUGCAAAUUCCUUGAGACUGCACGGUUGGACCAGACAAUUACAAUGACGAUAAACUGCAAUGUGAAAACUAUGGCCAAGAUGUGCAAAAUAAUCCUUCCAGGCAUGGAAAACAGGGGAAAAGGGGUGAUUGUGAAUAUUUCGUCUGGAAUUGCCUCUAUUCCAUUCCCCCUGUACACCCUGUAUGCAGCAUCUAAGGUAUUUGUGGAAAGGUUUUCUCAAGGUCUUCAAGCUGAAUACAGUGAUAAAGGGAUUAUUAUACAGGCAGUGGCUCCAUUUGGUGUCUCUACUCGAAUGGCAGGUUACCAAAAAACCAACAUAGUGACUCUGUCACCAGAAGACUUCGUAAAAAGCUCCCUCCAGUACCUCAGAGCUGGAGACAAAACGCACGGCAGUGUCUGUCACAUAGUUCUGGGCUGGUUACUGCAGUCUAUUCCUCUCAAGGUUCUCUAUGCAGAGUCUAUGCUACACAGCCUACAAGACUAUAUCAAGAAGAAAGCGGCACUGAAUGCAACCAUCUGUGCAUCAAAUGCAACUUUUGAAAAUGGCAGAAAUAAAUAACCAGGAACAGCAAUGUAAAGAUAUCUGGCUUAUGAAUAUUACAAUUAUGGAACUUAUGUUGACAAACCUAUGUUUUCUGUUUUUGUAAACAUAGUAGUCUCAGUCUUAACUUAUGAAAGUAUUAUUAUAUUAUUGGUUUUAUUGUUAUUAUUAGUUACUGUACAGUAGUACAUUUUGUUUUUUAUAUUUUGCUACAUUGUGGGUAAGCCAUGCUCAGGAAAGCACCUUCAUUAAUGGUAUUAUUUUCUUUGUUUUGGGACCGUAAAAGCGCGUUAGGGCCUCUCUAGAGCCAGAGUUUGGUUUGUCCAUUCUGGGAUACUGUAGAAACAUGGCGGUGCAACACAGCGGCUCGCUGCAUACUGUAUGCAAAGGGCUCAUUCUAAGUUACGAAAACACAACGAUACUUAGUUUCAGGUGAUUAUGCGCUUAUGAAAAUAUCUGUUCUGCCAAUAAAUCCCCCUAAAUCCUACACACUGGUCCUUUAACUAUGACAUCAGCAAUAAACAGAGGCUAUAAUUGUUUUUUUUACAUAUUUCUGACAAUGUCAACAAAAGCUGAACAUAAUGAGCUUCGUAACAUUAGCAUUUAUGACAGAGCUGUGGUAUUGAGUUGAAAUAUAUUGAAAGUGUUCCUAAUAAAAUGGCCACUAAGUGUAAAUGUAUUGCCAUUCAGGGACAUCAUCAUCAUUAGAGGUUCACAACUUUGUGGGAAUAAUGUUUUAUCUUAUUUACUUGUAAUUUAUGUUGAUUGAUCUGCUCCAUCUUGUUGUUGAGAAUAAUAGACUCUUUGUUUUAUAUUGUCUGUUGGCUCCUUUGUGUAUGUCUGUAUAUUUCCUUGAAUAUAUAUCUAUGUAAAUGUUAAACAAGUAAAAAAUAUGACUUUUACUGUCAUGUCACUGCAAUUGCUCAUGAAAUAUUUUUGAUGC